GUAUAAACACACAGACACACAGAGAUGUUCUACAGUCCCACAGAGACUCACUGCUCCGUCUCACACACUCACACUGUUUUCCGAUCUGUUGCUCCCAUCACACCUCCAUCUCUCUCUCUCGUUCUCUCUCUCUCUCUCUCUCUCUCUCUCUCUCUCUCUUUUUCUCUCUCUUAUACACACAUACACUGCUGAUUCUCUCUCGCUUGUUCUUUCACACACACACACACACACACACAAGACAAGGAGGUCAUGGACAUGGACGACACCGCAGGCAGACGAGGGACAGAAGGUGAUCUGUUAGACAUGGAUGGGACAUGUGAAGAAGAUCACAUACUCAGGAGUCACAGUGAAGAGGCUAUUGUUGACUAUGGCAAGACCCGAUCAGUAUUACAUGUGGACUUUGAGAACGAAGAACUAGAAAGUCACAGGGCUGUAUAUGUGGGGGUUCAUGUCCCUCUUGGGAAGGAGAACAGACACAGGCGUAGACACCGAGGACACAGACACCACCGCAGGAGAACCAGAGAUAGAGAAUCGGACCAGGAAGCAGGGGAGAGAGAAUCUCUCACACAAGACACCCCAUCUCAGCGUGUGCAGUGUAUUCUGGGUACUGAGGACGGUGACGUGGAGCACAUUCCUCAUGAGCUCUUCACUGAGCUGGAUGAACUCUCCAUUCGACAUGGCAACACCGAGUGGAGAGAGACUGCCAGAUGGCUGAAGUUUGAGGAGGAUGUUGAGGAUGGAGGUGAAAGGUGGAGUAAACCUUAUGUAGCCACACUGUCUCUGCACAGUCUGUUCGAGCUGCGCAGCUGCAUCCUCAAUGGCACCGUGCUGCUCGACAUGAAGGCCGACUCCAUCGAGGACAUUGCGGACAUGGUGAUAGACAGCAUGGUGGCUUCGGGGCAACUGGAUGAGUCAUUAAGGCAGAAGGUGCGAGAGGCCGUGCUGAAACGGCAUCACCACCAGAGCGAGAGGAAGCUAAGUAACCGCUUCCCGCUGGCCGUGCGCUCGCUCGCAGAUAUAGGCAAGAAACACUCCGAGCCGCUGUUACUGGAACGCAGCGGUGAUGGUUUGUCCGCAUCCCGUAACUCUCUUCUGAAACUGGGUGGCUCCAUUUCCAACCUGUCCCAGAGGAGCGAAUCGAGAGUCUCCAUGCUGCUGAACCAUCUCCUCCCUGGCACAGCACACAACCCCGUCCCCACCCCACUGAGCACCCCGCCAUCUUCUCGACACUUUGACUCGACUGACAGAGCCCCACAGGUCCAUCUGGAAAUCCCAGAAGUUGUGGUGUCUCCACCAGAAGAAGACGAAGAGUCAGAGGAAGACAUUUUGGAUGUCAAAUCUGCUGAAGACAAGUAUUUGUGUACAUUGGUGUCAUCUCCAUCUAUCACUGGCUCUGUGGAUUCAGGCAGGUUGAGUGAACACAGAUCAGCUAAGUCAGGCAACAGCAAAGACGGCAGCAAUGUAGAUCUUAGCAAGGUGGACAUGAACUUCAUGAAGAAGAUUCCUCCAGGUGCUGAGGCCUCAAACGUGCUGGUAGGUGAAGUGGAUUUCCUGGAUAAGCCGAUCAUAGCGUUUGUUCGUCUCUCACCUGCUGUGCUGCUCACGGGACUCACGGAAGUGCCCGUGCCAACCAGGUUCCUGUUCCUACUACUAGGGCCAUAUGGAAAAGGUCCUCGGUAUCAUGAGAUUGGACGCUCCAUGGCCACUCUGAUGACAGAUGAAAUCUUCCACGAUGUGGCGUAUAAAGCCAGGGACAGAGUUGAUCUCCUUUCUGGCAUUGAUGAGUUUUUAGACCAGGUGACUGUUCUUCCUCCAGGAGAAUGGGACCCCACGAUACGCAUCGAGCCUCCCAAAAAUGUUCCAUCACAGAUGAAGAGGAAGAGGCCGUCACAACCUAACGGCACCGUGACCUCUACCGAGCCGAGCCACGAGGAGGAUCACCAACCUGGCCCAGAGCUUCAGAGAACAGGGAGGAUUUUUGGUGGACUGGUGUGUGAUAUAAAGCGUAAAGCUCCUUUCUACUGUAGCGACAUCUUGGAUGGCUUCAGUCUGCAGUGUGUAGCCUCAGUGCUCUUCCUCUACUGCGCCUGCAUGUCUCCUGUUAUCACCUUUGGAGGACUACUAGGAGAAGCCACCAAGAAUAACAUUAGUGCUAUCGAGUCGUUGUUUGGAGCGUCUCUGACAGGCGUGGCGUUCUCUCUGUUCGCUGGUCAGCCCCUGACCAUUCUGGGCAGCACGGGACCUGUACUCGUGUUCGAGAAAAUCCUCUUCAAGUUCUGCGAGGAUUUUGGGAUGUCCUACCUGUCUCUGCGUGCCUGUAUUGGACUGUGGACAGCGUUCCUUUGUAUAGUGCUGGUGGCAACUGACUCAAGCUCACUGGUAUGUUAUAUCACACGCUUCACAGAGGAAGCAUUUGCUGCUCUCAUCUGCAUCAUCUUCAUCUACGAGGCUUUGGAGAAACUGCUGCAACUCAGAGAGACCUAUCCCAUCAACACGCACACUGACCUGGAUAACCUCACGCUGUACAGCUGUCAGUGCUCAGCUCCCGGUCAAACAUCCAAUGAUACCCUGCAGUUCUGGAACUCAACAGGACACACUACAGAUUCAAUACCAUGGAAUCAACUCAAUGUGUCGACGUGUAAACUCCUGCAUGGCGAGUUUGUAGGUCCUGCUUGCGGACUUCACGGGCCCUUCAUCCCUGAUGUGCUGUUCUGGUCCAUCAUCCUCUUCUUCACCACAUUCUUCCUCUCUUCUCUGCUCAAGCAGUUCAAGACGGAAAGAUAUUUCCCUACCAAGGUGCGCUCCACUAUCAGUGAUUUUGCCGUGUUUUUGACUAUAAUGGUGAUGGUGCUGGUGGAUUAUUUGGUUGGGAUUCCAUCACCCAAACUCAAUGUGCCUGAUCGCUUUGAGCCCACCUCAAAGCACCGUGGCUGGCUGAUCUCUCCGCUUGGUUCUAACCCCUGGUGGAUGGUUUUGGUGUCAAUAAUUCCUGCCCUUCUCUGCACCAUACUCAUUUUCAUGGACCAGCAGAUCACUGCUGUCAUUAUCAACCGCAAAGAACACAAACUCAAGAAAGGCUGCGGUUAUCACCUGGACCUGCUGGUGGUGGCCGUGAUGUUGGGUGUGUGUUCAGUGAUGGGGCUGCCGUGGUUUGUGGCUGCCACUGUUCUCUCCAUAUCCCACGUGAACAGCCUGAAGCAGGAGUCCAGCUGCUCAGCACCGGGAGAACAGCCUAAAUUCCUGGGCAUCAGAGAGCAGCGUCUCACAGGCGUACUCAUCUUCACCCUCAUGGGUUGCUCUGUCUUCAUGACCUCCAUAUUGAAGUUCAUUCCCAUGCCUGUGUUGUAUGGAGUCUUUCUCUACAUGGGUGUUUCCUCUCUAAAAGGCAUCCAGUUCUUUGACAGGAUAAAGCUGUUCUGUAUGCCAGCGAAGCACCAGCCUGAUCUGAUCUACCUGAGGUACGUGCCGCUGUGGAAGGUUCACGUCUUCACGCUGGUGCAGCUCACGUGCCUGGUUCUGCUGUGGGUUAUCAAAGCUACGGCAGCCCGCGUCGUCUUCCCCAUGAUGGUGCUGGCGUUAGUGUUUGUGCGAAAGCUGCUGGAUUUCUGCUUCACCAAGCGAGAGCUGAGCUGGCUCGAUGACCUGAUGCCCGAGAGCAAAAAGAAGACGGAAGAUGACAAGAAGAACAAGAAAGCUAAGCAGGAAGCUGAGGAGCUGAUGGAGGACGAGGAUGAGGCAGAAGCAGGACUAGAAUACAUAGAAGGAAGAGGAGGAGGAAACGUGAUGAAGAUUCCACUGCAGGCUCUUUGUGACAGGUCCUGCAGAACACCAGCUCUCUCCACUCACAGUACAGAAGAUGAGUAUGAUUCAGGAAAAGGUGGCAUGUGCUAGGCUGAACAUGGAAGCAGUUCGGGGUGGAAAGGACGACUCGAACAUAGAGACGGCGCUGUAGGGCAGUUUAUUCCUUCAUUUUGGAGCCAUGCCUAAUCCACCGCUGGAGCAACGCAGCUCAUAAUCAGCAACUCAAUCCAGGGGCUUGAGUCAGCGGCGCCCAAUACCGGACUGGAAGACUAAGAGAACGCAGAUGUGUAAGGAGGAGAGAGAGAGAGAGAGAGAGAGAGAGAGAGAGAGAGAGUGUGCAGGAACACACUCACCUGACUCCUACUGUAUACUGUAAUGACUCCUUUAUUCAUCCUUUUGAUUCACACACAGGAGACACUUUGUCAUUUUAUUUAGUAUAUUUUAUGUCCAUUUACAAUAUUCAACAUUUUCUCCACGUAGGUGCAGUCUGACAGCAGGCUUUCAUGCCUUUAAUCACUGCCAUAAUGAGCAGACCCACGUACCCACGUACCAAAGCUUAUCGGCAAAAUCGAUUAAUCGAAUCAGAUUAAAAAAUAAAUUAUCGAUAGACUUAAGCAUUAGUUACAUUAUUUAAUCUUAACCUACUCAACAAUGUAGAUGAUGUUACGUGUCAUCAGGGUGUCACCAUCCUGCUUUUGGUUCACAUCAAACUUCAAGGAGUCGAUUCCCUGAUUCCAGGCAUUGAAAACUAGGGAGUCAAAUCCGAGACGAUUCCACAUAUCGUAAAUGAUUCACCUCAAACAAAUAGAGCAAGCAUUACGAAUGAAACGUCUGAUGCGUGUGAUAGCGUGACAGUGAUUGAACAAAGCUAGACUACAGGAAUUGAAAUACAGGUUAGAUACAGACUCAAUAAAUGAGUGUUGGUCCAUUUUUUACACUGAUGUUAAAAAAAAAACGUUAAAAAAAAAUGCUAUGUUAUGGUAGUUUGAACUGAGUGGUGGAACUAAGUGCUUGUCAUCUAAUGAAUGUCAGUAAUAUUAUCUUACAGUGAGUCAAGUAUUUAAUUAAGCCAUGUUAAUAGCUUUAUAGUAGUAUAGUAGUGGAAAGAAAGAUUAUUUAUUUUGUAUAUGUUUAUAUCCCAAAUGACUAAUUGAAAAAUGUUGAUUGAUUAAUUGGGGAAAAAAAACUAAAACCAACAGAUUAUUAAAACAAACUUUAGCAGCUCUAAUUUUCCCACCGUCACAAUAUAGAAAUAAAACAAAAACAAACAAACAAGCAAAAAAAACAAACAAACACAACUGUACUUUAUUCCCUAUUUAUAGCCAUCCUAUAAAAAAAUCCUUUAAAUAAAUCAAAUAUUUUUAUUUAUUGUACCUCAUAUUGUGUAUAUAAAAUAAUAUAUAUAUAUAUAUUUAAAAAAAAAUAAAAGUAACUCUAGAUGAUUCGUCAUCAAGCAAUAGCAUUACAAAAUGUAUUUAUUUAACAUUUAUUUAAAUAAAUACAUUUUUGAGCAAGUUCUCACCAGUUAACUAAAAGGAUUCAUAUUAAAUCAAGUUCCCUGUGAAGCAUGAAGGAGCCACCGGUGGUCCUCAGACGUAUCUGACUGAUUUAUUUAGAUUUGCCACUAUUUCAAGUGAGACAUCCUUUAAAAGUUCCAGGUUACUAUUCAGGAUUUAAUGGUGUGCCUUGGAGAUGUGCUGAGGCUUAGAGGAAACAGUGAAGGACAGCAAUAUGAUUCAGUAAUAAUCUUCCCCGGGUUAUACACAAGUGUGUAUAAUAGUGUAGUAUUACUCCAAAGAUUAAUAUAUACACUAUAUAUACACUAUAUAAGAUUAAUAUAUACACUAUAUAUAAUAUAUACACUAUAUAUAUAUAGUGUAGUAUUACUCCAAAGAUUAUGUAGAAGUAAUAACCAUGUGUGUUCUCCAGGGUUUGUCAUGUUUCAAAAAGACAUGCAACGUCAUCAGUGAAUUCUAGCACUAGUGUGUGUGUGUGUACUGUGUGUGUGUGUGUGUGAGUGCCACAUAGUACCACGUUCUUUCCCGUAUACUCGUCCCUGCAGUGUGCACACCGUGUGUUUUACCAUCGUGUCCUUAAAGAGUGCGUGUUUGUUACUGUAAACCACUUCAUACACUAGUGUGUAGCGUCACACACCGGUAAUGCAGCCUGGUGAGUACAGAAGAAAAUGUGUGUUGUACUACAAGUAUCUGUGCAAUAAUACAGUUAAAACAAAUAAAAAAAAUAAAAAAAAAAAAGAAAGAAAAAAAGUAGAACUGUAUUUUGUA